CGCUACUAUCGGAACUGGUUCUGUCUUCGUGUACCGAGUAGCGGGCAAACUUGAAAAAGCCACGAGUAGACUGGGGACUUUGCUUCCUUAGUCUGAACCAAAACAUUGUUCAUUUCUCAUGGUUAUGGCAUUGUCAACGAUCAUAAAAUCCCAUCAAAUUCUUUACAAAUCAACCAAAGCAAUUAAACUAAAUUCUAUUUUCAUAGUCUCCUACAGAAACCUGUUUUUUUCCUCGUAUCAACAAAGACCCAUUUGCACUAAACACCAAAACGACAAUUUUCUCUCUUCAGAUCAGAUUAACAUCUCAAAUGCCUUCAUUUCUAUUUUAAUCAGGCAACCUUUUUCACCAAAUAACCCAGAGCUCCAAAACCUCGUGCCACUACUCACCCAUAAAGUUGUCGAAGCCGUAGUAAAUAACCUCAGGAGCUGGAGAAUAGCUCACCUGUUUUUCACAUGGGCUUCAAAUCAACGUGGUUAUAAGCAUGAUAUUUAUACUUACAAUGCCAUGGCCUCAAUUCUAUCACGUGCUCGACAAAAUGCUUUACUGAAAGCUUUGGCUUUGGAUGUCGUGAAUUCCCAUUGUUCUAUGAAUCCUGGGGCUUUGGGUUUUUUAAUUAGGUGUUUGGGGAGUGUUGGAUUGGUUGAUGAAGCUAAUAACUUGUUUGAUCAGGUUAAAAGAUCAGGUAUUUGCAUACCGAAUAGUUAUAGCUAUAAUUGUUUGUUAGAAGCUUUGUCCAAGUCUGGUUUGAUUGAUUUGGUUGAGAUAAGAUUGAAAGAGAUGAGAAGUUUGGGGUUGGAAUUGGAUAAAUACACGCUGACCCCAGUUUUGCAGGUUUAUUGCAAUGCUGGGAAGUUUGAUAAAGCUUUGAGUGUGUUCAAUGAGAUAUUUGAGAGGGGUUGGUUGGAUGAACAUGUUUUUUCUAUCUUGGUUGUUUCCUUUAGUAAGUGGGGUGAAGUAGAUAAGGCGAUUGAAUUGAUUGAUAGUAUGGAAGAGUGUAAUGUGAGGUUGAAUGAGAAGACAUUUUUUGUUUUGAUUCAUGGAUUUGUGAGGGUAUCUAGAAUGGAUAAAGCUAUUUGUUUGUUUGAUAAAAUGCGACAAUUGGGUUUUUUCCCUAGUGUUUCACUUUUUGAUGUGAUGAUUGGAGGGCUCUGUAAAUGUAAUGAUCUUGAAAAAGCAUUGUCUUUGUAUUCAGAAAUGAAAGAGUUGGGAAUUGGUACUGAUAUUGGGAUACUCACAAAGUUGAUAUCUUCUUUUUCUAAAGGAGGAGAGUUGGAUCGAUUGCUUGAAGAAUGCUGGGAAGAUAUGAAUUCACAAACGAAGAACCUGCUUUGCAAUUCUGUUUUGGAAGGUCUUGUUCGUAGUGGCUCAAUAGAUAUAGCUUACGAUCUUCUUCAAGCAAUAAUGGGGUACAGCAGCAAUGGUGAUAGUGUCAUUGUUAAGUACUUUAGGGAUGAAAAGGAAAUAAUUACCCUUAAUACUAAUUCAUUUACGUUUGUUAUUAAUGGCUUGCUUGAUGCUGGUAAGCUGGAUCUCGCACUAACUCUAUUCAGAGAAAUGGUUCAGUUUGGUUGUAAUCAAACUGUAUUACUUUAUAAUAAUUUGAUUGAUGGGUUGUGUAAGUUAGAUAGACUGGAAGAGAGUUAUGAGCUUUUGAGAGAGAUGAAGGAAGUGGGACUUGAACCAACCCAGUUUACCCACAACUGCAUAUUUGGGUGUCUUUGUCGGAGAGAGGAUGUUGAAGGAGCACUUGAUUUCUUGAGGAAGAUGCGUUUUUAUGGCCAUGAACCAUGGGUAAAGCAUUCUACCUUGCUUGUGAAAGAUUUGUGUAAACAUGGGAAGGCAGUGGAAGCUUGCAAAUUUCUCACUGACAUGGUACAAGAAGGUUUUCUCCCUGAUAUAAUUACAUAUUCUGCUGCUAUGAAUGGUUUGAUCAAGAUUAAAUCAGUGGAUGAGGGUUUGGAGCUAUUCCAACUUAUUUGCACUCGUGGGUAUUGUCCUGAUGUGAUUUCUUAUAACAUAGUAAUAAAAGCUCUUUGCAAGUCUCAAAGAGUUGCAGAAGCUGAGCAUCUUUUGAAUGAGAUGAUGUUGAAGGGGCUUGUGCCCUCUGUAGUUACUUAUAAUUAUUUGAUAGAUGGAUGGUGCAAAAAUGGUGAGAUUGACCAAGCUAUGCUUUGCCUUUCCAAGAUGUUCGGAAAAGAGAGGGAGGCAAAUGUGAUUACUUAUGCGACUUUAGUUGAUGGAUUAUGUAAUCUUGGAAGACCUGAUGACGCUCUAAAGCUAUGGAAUGAAAUGGGGAGAAAAGGAUGUGCUCCCAACAGAAUUGCUUAUCAUGCUCUCAUUAAUGGACUUUGUAAAUGCGGUAGGUCCUCUGCAGCUUUAGUUCAUUUCAAUGAGAUGAAAGAGAAGAAUAUGAAACCUGACUGCUAUGUCUAUAUAGCCUUAAUAAGUGCUUUUCUAUCCGACACAAACUUACCCUCUGUUUUUGACAUGUUAAAAGAGAUGGUUGAUGGAGGAAAUUUACCAGAUCCACUAGAUAAGAACUUUCUUAUCAUAAGAGAUGCAAUUUGUAAAUUGUCAGAAGAUGCCAGAACAUCCUCUAGCAUAAAAGAUCUUAUAGCAGAGGGCAGGAUUCCGGAUGUUAGUCUUGAUAUGCAUAGGCCCACUAUUUGAAAUGGAGUCAAUGAGAUUGUAGUCUUGUUAUCAGAUGCAGCAUAAUGAAAUAAGGUAAAUUUCUUCCAUUUUUCACGCACCAUUGUGGAUUGGAACUAAACUGUAUUGGUGGCAUCAAGCUCAAAAGCUGAGAACACAGAAAAGUGGAAGCCACAGAUCAGUUGAGGUUCAUGGUCAUGCUAAUGACUUGGCUGACCGUGCCGCUUCUUAGGGUUUUGAUGGAACAUUUUCCGUGCUCUCUGAGCUCUUCUCCAGCCUAUCUACCUGGUCCCUUAUCGUCUGUUGGAUCAGCA